ACCGCCUGCCUGUCGUCGGGCGCUGACUCACAGUCGACGCUAGCUCGCUUACUAGCUGGACGCUGCUCGGUCUGCGAGUCGUUUGCCUCACGCGCGACUGUGGUCGUGGGCGCCAUGAAUUGCGAGAACUUCGCGGCGGGCGAGCGGUUGGUGUCUCCGGCCUACGUGCGGCUGGGCUGUGAGGCCCGCCGCUCCCACGAGCACCUCAUACAGCAUCUGCUGGAGAAGGGUAAAUGUCCUGAAGAUGGUUGGGAUGAAAGUACCAUUGAGCUGUUUCUCCAUGAACUUGCCAUUAUGGAUAGUAACAAUUUCCUGGGCAGCUGUGGUGUGGGAGAAAGGGAAGGUAGAGUAGCAUCUGGGUUAGUUGCCCGUCGACAUUACAGGUUCAUUCAUGGAAUUGGAAGAUCAGGUGAUGUUGCUGCUGAGCAACCCAAAGCUGCAGGUUCUAGCCUUUUGAACAAAAUAGCCAAUUUAUUAGUUCUGGACAUCGUAAGGCUGGCUGGUGUCCGUUCAGUGGCUGACUGCUUUGUUGUUCCAGUGGCGACUGGUAUGAGUCUAACCCUGUGUUUCUUGACACUACGACAUAAGAGACCAAAGGCAAAAUAUAUUAUUUGGCCACGGAUAGAUCAAAAAUCCAGCUUUAAAUCCAUGAUCACUGCAGGUUUUGAGCCUGUGGUAGUAGAGAAUGUAUUAGAAGGUGAUGAGAUACGCACAGACCUGAAGGAAGUAGAAGCUAAAAUCAAGGAGCUUGGGGCUGAUAACAUUCUAUGUGUUCAUUCUACUACAUCCUGUUUUGCUCCAAGGGUGCCUGAUAGAUUAGAAGAACUGGCUGUGAUAUGUGCUAAUUAUGAUAUUCCACAUAUAGUCAACAAUGCCUAUGGAGUACAAUCUUCAAAGUGUAUGCAUCUCAUACAACAGGGUGCUCGAGUAGGUAGAAUAGAUGCCUUCGUUCAGAGCUUGGACAAAAAUUUUAUGGUUCCAGUAGGUGGUGCUAUCAUUGCUGGCUUCGGUGGUUCCUUCAUUCAAGAAAUCAGCAAGAUGUAUCCAGGAAGAGCCUCAAUUUCCCCAGCUUUAGAUAUUGUCAUUACCUUACUAUCACUGGGAUCGAAUGGCUAUAAGAAGCUUUUAAAAGACAGAAAGGAAAUAUUUUUAUAUUUAUCCACUGAACUAAAAAAGCUAUCAGAACUCCACAAUGAAAGACUGUUGGAUACAUCUCAUAAUCCUAUAUCUCUAGCUAUGUCCCUUAAAACAUUGGAUGAGAAUUCUGACAAAACUGUCACACAGCUUGGAUCUAUGCUUUUUACUAGACAAGUGUCUGGAGCCAGGGUUGUGCCUCAGGGGAUUCUGCAAACUAUGAGUGGCUACACUUUCAAAGGCUUUUCUUCUCAUGCAAGUAACUAUCCUUGUGCUUAUCUCAAUGCCUCAUCAGCAAUUGGAAUGAAAAAACAAGAUGUAGAAUUGUUCAUAAAAAGGCUUGAUAAGUGCUUGAAGUCAGUGAGAAAAGAAAAAAGCAAAGAGAAUGGUGGUGACAGUGCAGUUGAUAAUUGUAACAUCACUGAAGAUGUGAAUAUUCAAGAAAUGGCCUUAAAUCUGGAUAAUGCAGUUGUUCUCGAUGAAUGCAAAGAAGUUUAUUCCUGACAUAUGCAGUCUUUCUGUUUAUGGUUUGAAAUAAGUUUUUGAAGAUAACUACAAUGAAUAAUAAUUUGUAAUUUUUUUUAUAUUAAUAAUUCAUUUGAAAAUGUGUAGUUAAUGUGCCUGAACAGAGAGUGAAUUGAGUGUUAGCAAAUAUUAUUAUCUUUUGAAUCUUGGGCUGUUUCAUAAUUAUGCCUCAAUCUUUAUAAUCUUCCACAGAAUAAAAUAUACUUAACAUUUUUCUAACUGAAAAGUAGUCAGCUAUGCACUUUUAUUCAAGUAGUCCUUACUAAUAUAAGGAUAGUAAAAUUGCAUAUAAUUCUCUGAAAUAUUUGAACUGCUUUUUUUUCCUGACUGCCCCCUCAUUUACACGUUAUAUAUGUUCUAAGUUAUGUCCUGUUGUAUAGUUCAUAUGUUUGUUGAUAAAUAACCAUAUCCUAAGGAAGGUUGAUUAAAAACAUGCUUAUUAGUUUGUUUUUAUUAAAAUAAAGAGCUUUUCAAGAAAUGGUGAAUUUUUCAAAUUUUCUAUGGUGACUUUAGUUAUCUAGUUUUAUUUUUUAAUGAAAUACUUCUUUAUGGGUUCACGAUGUGAUGGAGUGACCAGAGCACUGAAAAGUGGGAGGCCUGGAUUUUCAUCUCAUGUUUGUCAUUGUGUGAUUAUGUAAGCCUGAGCAAGUCAAUUAACUGCUGGGAUUCAGGUUUCUUAUCUGUAAAAUUAAGGGAUUGAUAUUUAAGAUCCUUUUCUGCCAAAAUUCUCUGAUCCCAGAUUCUUUGAACAAAUACCUUGUAUUUUGGCAUAUGAGAAGUAUAAGUGAUGGUCAACUUCAGUAGUUCCAAAAAUACAUUUUUAUUAAAGAAAAUUUUAAAAUGUACCUACACUUGUUUUUCUUUAAGCUCAUAAUAAUAUUUGAUCUUUUGAAUCUAUCUGCUGUAAGGCACCAUGCUUACAUAAUCUUUUGUGGGGCAGCCAACACUAGGAUUGAUUAACUCAAGCAUAUUUGGAUGUAUGCAUCUGCUAGGGUAGAAAAUGAAACAGUGUGAAAAUAGUUGCUUCUCAUGAAGUAAAAUUCUUUAACUUAAUAACUGUGGUAUAUAUAAGGUAUUUGGCUUAUGUUCCACAUAGAUCAAAAUGCCAGAAAAACUCCCAAUUGAGAUUUGACUAUACCUUUGAUUUCAUGAUUGCAUCUUUUUUGAUUGAUUUUAAAAAUGAGAGAAUUUCCUGGUACUUGAGCUUACAUAAAGCAUUAGUUAAACUUUCAGACUAUUGUCCAACAUCAGCUACAACUUAUACAAGUUCCAGUAAAUGUAAAAGGAAUACUUUAUAAACAAAUAUAAUAAUGUUUUAAAAAUC